GUUUGUCCACAGAGAGACAGCGGGCGGACCGGACAGCUGAUUAUACAAACAAAACCAAAGGGGAGAAUGAUGUGGGACACAGAAUAGCGAAGAACAGGAGUUAUUCCUCGCGUCCUUAUCACCUGGAGGAGUUACUUCACCCUGGUGAAGCCAUGGAACCAUCUCCGAACGGCAACCCAGCCACCCCAAAACCCAGCCCCUCAUCUCCUUCCACCCUGAGGCCAGGCCCUUUCUCUUCCAUCUCAUCUUCUACAACAACGACACCAACCUCGGACCGCCUGAAGCCUAAACUCACCCUGCCAACACCUCAAACCACACCCUCAUCUUCUCCCUCCACUGCCUCCCCUCGAACUUCCCCAUGUCUGUCCUCCCGUUCUUCCUCCCUGUCCACACCGCCUGCCUCCCCUCUACGCCAGCCUAUGAGGAGCCACUCACAGGUGGGCAGAUCUCAGCUAAAUGCAGCCUCUACGGCGAUGCCCCCGACUGGAUCCGCCGCCAUGGCUCAGCAGCCUCCUCCCACACCUGAAACAGAGGAGCCAGAGGAGGAGGCCAGCCUUGAGGAUUUAGAGGAGAGAGCAAGGACAGGAGAUGCUAGAGCACAGAGCAAGAUGGGACGUUACUUCUUGGCUCUGGCAGAAGAAAGAGACGAGGAGCUGAACAACUGUACAGCGGUCACUUGGCUAGUCCAGGCUGCUAAACAAGGACGCAAGGACGCCGUCAAACAGCUGCAGCGGUGCUUAAGCUCCAGGAAAGGCAUCACUCUAGAGAACGUCGAGGAGGUGAAGAAGCUGUGCACAGAGACACGCUUUGAGAGAGGAGUCAGGAAAGCAGCUCUGCUAAUGUACUGGAAGUUGAACCCGGAGAGGAAGAAGUCGGUUGCCGUUUCUGAGAUGCUAGAGAACGUUGAACACGUCCACACAGAGCCAGGCAAACCAGUGUCCCCGGGUCCACUAAACAGCUCUGCCAAGAAACAGAGGAGAGUCCUGGAGAAUAUGGUCUCAAGUGAAGCCAGAUGCCAAGUGGGUCUUGACGACUUUGUUGAGAUGACUAAGAAGUAUGCUCAGGGUGUCGUACCUUCACCGGUCAUGGCGACAGCAGGAGGCGAUGAUGACGACGACGAUGAUGAUGUGGUGGUGAAGAAUCCAGAUGAAUUGCCCUUACAUCAAAAGUUGCUGAAGUUCCCUCUGUUCGCUCUGCUGGAGAUCAAGGAGCACCUCAUCGACUGGGCAUCUCGUGCCGGCAUGCAGUGGCUCAGCGCUCUGAUCCCCACGCACCACGUCAAUGCACUCAUCUUCUUCUUCAUCAUCUCCAACCUCACAAUCGAGUUCUUCAUCUUCCUCAUCCCUCUGCUGGUUUUUUACCUCUCAUUCUUCUCCAUGAUCAUCUGCACACUGCGGGUAUUUCAGAAUUCAAAAGCGUGGGAAAACUUCCGGGCCCUGACUGACCUGCUGACGCACUUUGAACCCGGUCUUGAUCUGGAGCAGGCAGAGACUAACUUUGGAUGGACACACUUAGAGCCUUAUCUGUACUUCCUGCUCUCUGUGAUCUUUGUGGUUUUCUCUUUCCCCGUUGCUGAUAAAUCCUGGAUCCCCUGCUCAGAGUUGGCUGCUGUCGCUCUCUUCUUCACCGUCACAGCCUUCCUCAGCCUUCAUGCCUCUGCUCAGCUCUUCGCUCGUAAGGCCCUCCUUACGGAGGUCCUCUCCGGAGCGUGCUCCCUCACCCACCUCCUGCCGGACUCCCUCCCCUGGUUCCUCAGGGUCUUUGGGAUGACGUUCAUCACUGUGCCUCUAGGGGACAACGUGGUGUUGAACCUGGGGGUGCCAUGUCUGCUAUAUGGACACCUUUUCUAUCUGCUCUUCCGUAUGGCCCAGAUGAGAGGCUUCAAGGGCACCUACCUGUGCCUGGUGCCCUACAUGGUCUGCUUCACCUGGUGUGAGCUCAGCUUGGUGUUCCUAAAUAACGCCACUGUGAUAGGACUCAUCCGCACCGGCGUUGGCUACUUCCUCUUCUUGUUCGCCCUUCCUAUACUGUCUCUAGGCCUGGCUGCAAUGCUCAUCAUCCAGCUACUGCAGUGGUUCCUCGCUCUAGAGGUGACCAAGAUGGUGGUUACCUUGACCAUUUGCUUCGUGCCAGUAGUGCUGAGGCUUUGGACUCGCUUCAGCUUCAACCCCAUCGUUGUUUUUCGGUCUUUGUCCCGGAGCAGCAUUGUGAAGCUCAUCCUGGUGUGGCUCAGCGCGGUGGUGCUCUUCUGCUGGAUGUACGUCUACAGGUCCGAAGGCAUGAAGGUUUAUAACUCCACCCUGACGUGGCCCGAGUACAGCAGCCUCUGCGGCCCUAUGGCCUGGAAAGAAGCCAACAUGGCCCAGACACAGAUUCUCUGCUCUCAUCUAGAAGGACAUCGGGUCACGUGGACCGGACGCUUCAGAUACGUACGAGUGACCGACAUUGAGAACGGGCCUCAGUCGGUUAUCAACCUGAUGCCUGUGUCAGUGGGGAACUGGAUGCGGUGCCUGUAUGGUGAGCCGUAUCCUCGGUGUGAUGAGGUGAAAAACGUCACGGCGGAUCCCCAGCCUCUUCCUGCCCCGGCUCCUCCACCAGAAGAUCCCCUCUGUAAGCUUAAAAAGCUGGCCAAGCACGAAUGUCACAUCAAGCGCUUCGAUCGAUACAAAUUUGAAGUCACAAUGGGCAUGCCGCUGGAGAGGAAGACCAGGAACGGGACUAUCAUAGAGGACGAAGAUGCCACGAAGGACAUAGUACUGAGGGCUAGCAACGAAUUCAAGUCUAUGCUCUUAUACUUAAACACAGGAAGCCUGGUGGAGUUCAGCACCAUACUGGAGGGCCGUUUAGGCUCCAAAUGGCCCGUGUUUGAAUUGAAAGCCAUCAACUGCAUGUCGUGCGGUGACGCCCGCUUGCCCAGCCGAAGGCAGUACAAGAUCGAACACGACUGGAGGCGCACGGCUCAGAGUGCCCUGCAGUUUGGUUUCGACUUCUUCUUCAACCCCUUCCUGACCGCUCACCUAGAGCAGCACCCAGAGACUGAAAUAGAGACUGGGGCACAGGAGGAGGGGUAGAGAUCUUGCAUACGCUCCUCUGGGAGAAAUAAGAUGUAUGAUAAUGAUAAUACUAGAUGAAGAACAUUAAUGAUUGUACAUCACUCUUCUUAACACUGUGAGAGGGUGAACACAUACUGUUGUGUAUGUUUGCUUUUUAAUAGCUUUUGAGCCAAAAUAUAUGAGAACUAAAAAUAUCAGCACUGUAAGCACACCACAAACAAACUGCCCCAGAGUUCGCUAGGAAGUGGACCCACCUUUAUAAUCGUUCUCGGUUUGGUUGUUCGGUCCGCACCAGGGUUUGAUUGACAGUUUUCAUACCAGCCCAAACAAACCGCACUAACCGAGCAAACAGACCUGAGUUUGUUUUAACCGAACCUAAUGGGUUACGUGUGAAAGCACCCUUACAGAAGUGGGAAAAACAACAAACUAAUUAAGUUUUUUUAGAAUAAGUAAUUUACUGCCUAACACUAACAAAAGAAAAACUGAAUUAAAACCUCCUCAGAUAUGAUCGGUUGUGCAUUUCAUCUGAUUUAGGCGGCACUUGUGCAGUCUAUUAAUGAAGUUAUUUUGAUUUUGUUCAUUGCACAAACACUGUGUGUGCUGAACCAUUUUUAUGUAAGUUUAUCAAAUAUUUGUACCUAAAAUCAUCAGUAUUUACAUUUUCCAGUUUGCUUGUUGAACAUAUCUUUCAUUGUUGUGUCUGUGGAUGACGCGUUGUAGAAGAAUACGUUUCUUUUUUACAACCGGUUGUAAUGCUGAUGAUCACUUGUAAGGGUUUCCUUUGCUGUCAAGCUUUAAUAGUUUAUAUUAGACAGUUAGCUGUAUGUGCAGUGUGUAAUUGUAGUGGAAGAUUAUUUUUAAGUGCCUUAUAAGAUAUAGUCUCAGUUCAAAAAUAAUAAAGCAGAAAAUACACUAAAUAAAGUUGUUCAUCCUGAACCUUUAAAAAGCUUAAAAGUUUAUCUCUGCCUUCGCUGUUCUCCCGUCUUGUUCUCCUCUAGCUGUUCUCCUUCCUCGUUCUCUGCUGUGCAGAGAUUGAACAUUUUGAACAUUUGCAGUCCCUGAGUGAUGAUGUGUUUUAAGUUAGGAUGUCACUACUGUUUUCUUUACUGUGACCCAUAAACAUAAU